UGUAUAAGCAUAGUCAAUGCGUACUUCUUACUGUACAUUGAAAUGUAAUUAAAGCUUAAAGCAAUUCAGGGUAAAGGCUUCUCAGCACUGUCAAACCAAGUUGAUGUAAUGAUAAGUCUAAAGUGGGAGAUAAGAGGAAAGUGUUUAAAGGCCCAUUUAAAAGUGACUUCUGUGCCUAGGGCCUAAAAGAACAAUAGCUUAAUAAUCAUCUCUCAGCAACUUCACACUAAAACAGAAACUAUUGUAUUGAAGGCAGUGUUGUGUGUUUUGGAGAUAAAAACAACCUACAAAACUUACUAGACUGCCUUUGCCCUUGUGCUUUGCAGUGUUUAAGAUACUUUGGUAAGGGGUUGCAUGGAUAAAGCCAAUGCAUACCCUUUCCUCCUACUAAUGUAAUGCAAUGGUAAAAUGUCUGCGUUUGGGCAUGAUUUGCACGAACAUGGUGCCUUUAUCAUGCGCAUACAGUGUUUUUGGAAAGAUGUUUUGUUUCACAGUCACCACCAUCAUCACCACCACCAUCACCACCACCACCACAAAGAAUUAAAUAAUGCCAUCCCACAUGGACGAGGAAGCAACCACAGCCUCAACAGCCUGCCCAGUGUACAGAUUGGAGGACUUGCUCCAGAGAAAUCAGUGGCCAGCUGGGCUGUAUCUUUUGAGAGGCUUCUUCAGGAUCCCCUUGGGGUGGAGUACUUCACGGAGUUCCUAAAGAAGGAAUACAGUGCAGAGAAUAUAUAUUUCUGGAAGGCUUGUGAGAAAUUCCAAUCCAUCUCUAAUGAUGAUUCAGAAAAGCUCUUGCAAGAAUCUCACAGGAUCUACAAUGAAUAUCUUUCAAGCAGCUCCCUGUGUCCAGUCAAUAUUGAUCAGCAGGCUCUUAUUACAGAAGACAUGCUGGAAACACCCUCCCCGGAUCUGUUUAAAGCACAGCAACUGCAGAUUUUCAACUUAAUGAAGUUCGACAGCUAUGCCCGUUUUGUCAAGUCAUCAUUGUACCAGGAGUGCAUGCUGGCAGAAGUGGAGGGCCGACCUCUUCCCAACCUUAACUUCUCCCCAACCAAUCCAGUUGCAGGCUGCAGUGCUCACGCUUCUGGAGCAGUAAAGAAAAAGAAACUGAGGGCUGGGAAGUCUCUGCCAGUUGGAGUCGAAGGGGCAGGCAUAGAAACUGUUGCAGACAAAUCACAUCGAAGAUCUUUUAAGAAGAAGGACAGAAAAGGACAUUCCAAAGAAGAUUUGGACAGCAAUGGACUUUCAUCUCGCCGGGAAUCACGGAUAUCACUUAAUUCCAAUACUAGUCUGGAGCUGGGUCUCAACUCUACGCCGACAAGCAAGUCUGAGAACGAAGGUGCGAGCACUGGCAAUGCUGACCCUGAAGCAGAUUCUAAAUCAAUAAAAUAUUGCUGUGUCUAUCUCCCCGAUGGCACCGCCUCGCUCACAGCUGUCAAACAAGGCUUAACCAUCCGAGACAUGCUGGCUGGGGUUUGUGAAAAACGUGGAUAUUGUCUCACAGAUGUGAAAGUGUUCUUAGUAGGAAAUGAACAGAAGCCUUUAGCCCUGGAUCAGGAGUGUUUGGUACUAACAGAACAGGAAGUGAGGCUGGAAAACAGGAUAAGCUUUGAUUUACAGAUGAACCCAAUAAAUAAAAGUGUUCGAAUUGUGUCAAAACCCACUAAGACCAUUGGAGAGGCCCUACUCCCAAUACUAAAGAAAUAUGGACUGGAGAAUCAUCAGCACAUUGUACUCACUAAGGUUGGACAGUCCCAUGCUUUAGAUCAUAAGAGCUCUGUGAAUGAGGUUGCAGGGCAGAAACUGGAAUUGGAAGUUGUUAAUUUCAGUGACUCUAAGAAAGUUGUUGGGCCUACAGCUGAGCAUCACACAAAGAAAGACUCCACAAAGGAACACAGAGAAGAUAAAGAUAUAUUAAUGACAGAAACUUACAACAGGGUAAAAAAAGAACCUCAGAAUGUGAACCAAGUAUCAUCAGAGCACAGUCAUGCAGAGGCACCACAUGGGAAGCAUAAGCCACAUGCAGAGACGCCACAUGGGAAGCAUAAGCCACAUGCAGAGGUGCCACAUGGGAAGCAUAAGCCACAUGCAGAGGCUCCACAUGGGAAGCAUAAGCCACAUGCAGAGGCUCCACAUGGGAAACAUAAGCCACAUGCAGAGGCUCCACAUGGGAAACAUAAGCCACAUGCAGAGGCUUCACAUGGGAAGCAUAAGCCUCAUCUACAUAAACAUGAUAUUGAAGGAUUGGUUGAGCUGCUUAACAAAGUCCAGAGCUCACGAGCAGAUGACCAGAGAGGACUGCUCUGUAAAGAGGACUUGGUCCUACCAGAUUUUUUGAAGGUUCCUACAGACAAGGAAUGCAAUCAUUGCUGCAUGACCAGUGCUGACAAAUCAGCAGUUAUUACUACCAAAGUACCAGGCUGCCUGGAUUUGUCACAAGCUUCUGAAAGUUACUGUGAACACAACUGUUCCACAAACUCCUUAUGUUUAGAAGAGUCACAGGCAAAUACUGUAAACAAUGGAAAGGAACCAGAGAUUAUCAUUUCGGAUUCUACCUGUUCACAUUAUAGUUCAAUGGAGAAGCGAAGUAGUGUAUUGUAAUACAAUACUGUUUAAUCGUCUAUCCUGGAUCCUGUAAUCAUAGGCACAAAUCUAACCUAUUGUCUGCAUGAGCUGAUUCAACAAGACUACACAGAGCACUUUGUCUUGUGCGCAGGAUAUAAAGAUAUACCUAAGACAGCAUAUAUAUACAGGCAGUUUAAAUAAGGGUUGAGUUUCUAAUUUUUUCCAUUUAUUAAAAGUUGAAUUGCAAGAGCAUAUUUUUUCUCAUAUUUAUUUGUACACAAUUUUUUUUCCAAAAACCAUUUUAACCAAUUGCCAAAAUAGCUUUCCCAUCAGUUGAUCAAGACGUCAAAUUUUAUUUAUGGCAAGUAAAAAUUCUUAUAAUGGGAGAGAAAAAAAAACUGGUGAGAAAAAGUGACAAAUAUUAAGAAUUUUUAGCAAAUUUUAGAAAUCCGCUUCAUGCUGCACUAGACCCCUGUGAGAAAUACAGAAGCAAAUAGGUUUAUUAGAUCCUGGGUCAAAUGGACAAAUGCCAGAACAAUUGGCCCUGAUUUCAUCAUUGUUGAUUUCUGAGAAUAAGCAAUUUAUUGGCAUCAAUGUCCAUUAUCACAUCUCAUGUUUCUCAGCAUUUAGUAAACCUAAAUUGUAGGUUGGUAAACAUUUUCUAAUGGUUCAAUCACUAGUGUACUAAUCCAACAAAAAGCCUGAACCAAAGUACUCAAAGGAGAAGAUGCUUUUCGAAUACACAUGCUCUAGAUAAGGACUGUUCAACUGGAGACCCAUGCAUCACAUAUGGUGCUUCAGGAGAUUUUCAUAGACCUCAGACUUCUCAAGUCCUCAUAUAAAGCAAAGUAAAAACUAAUCCCAUAUGUUGUAUAGUAUGCUGCUAAUUUGAGGCAGUGCCCAAGGUGACAAAUAGGAGUGAUGAACUGAACCUGGUUAUAUAUAUAUUAAGAGCUAGACUUGUCUAAUGUAAAUAAAUAAUCUAUUUCUUUUUA